AGGUUACCUAGGGUGAAACAAAAUUACAGGCUUGGAGACUCUGGAAAAGCUCAGCAUCAGCAUUUGAGAGCCGAAGCUUGCAAAUUAUGUGAUUAAUCUACAAGCUGAUAUCAUGAUGUCCAAAUGCAGUUCGGGAAGCGUAAACACAGAGACUGCGGAAAUUAAAACGUAGGCUGUGCUGGAACAAAAAUGCAAUGAAAGAAACACUGGAUGAAUGAAUGAGAAGCCCUGCUUUGCAAUCCCUCAGCAUGGCGGGACUGCAGCUCAUGACCCCUGCUUCCUCCCCAAUGGGUCCAUUUUUUGGACUACCAUGGCAACAAGAAGCAAUUCAUGAUAACAUUUAUACGCCAAGAAAAUAUCAGGUUGAACUGCUUGAAGCAGCUUUGGAUCAUAAUACAAUAGUCUGCUUAAACACUGGCUCAGGGAAGACUUUUAUUGCAGUACUACUCACUAAAGAGCUGUCCUAUCAGAUCAGGGGAGAUUUCAACAAAAAUGGAAAAAGAACUGUGUUCUUGGUCAACUCAGCAAAUCAAGUUGCUCAACAAGUGUCAGCUGUCAGGACACAUUCAGAUCUCAAAGUGGGAGAGUAUUCAAGUUUAGAGAUAACUGAAUCGUGGACAAAAGAGAAGUGGAGUCAGGAAUUCUCUAAGCAUCAGGUUCUGGUUAUGACAUGUCAUGUUGCUUUGACUGUUUUGAGGAAUGAGUAUUUAUCCCUGUCAAAUAUUAAUCUUCUGGUGUUCGAUGAGUGCCAUCUUGCAAUCCAGGAUCACCCUUACCGCGAAAUUAUGAAGAUCUGUGAGGAUUAUCCAUCGUGUCCUCGGAUCUUGGGAUUAACAGCUUCCAUUUUAAAUGGGAAAUGUGAUCCUGCUGAGCUAGAGGAGAAGAUCCAGAAACUGGAGAGAAUUUUAAAGAGCAAUGCUGAAACUGCAACUGAUUUGGUGGUCUUAGACAGAUAUACUUCUCAGCCAUGUGAGAUUGUUGUAGACUGUGGACCAUAUACUGACAAAAGUGGAUUGUAUGGAAGAUUGUUAAAGGAGUUGGAUGAAGCGCUAACUUUUCUUAAUGACUGCAACAUAUCUGUACAUUCAAAAGAGAGAGAUUCUACAUUAAUUUCUAAGCAGAUACUGUCAGACUGUCGAGCUGUGUUGGUUGUUCUGGGACCCUGGUGUGCAGAUAAGGUAGCUGGGAUGAUGGUGCGGGAGCUGCAGAAGUAUAUCAAGCACGAACAAGAGGAGCUGCACAGGAAAUUUUUAUUGUUUACAGACACUUUCCUAAGGAAAAUACAUGCACUCUGUGAAGAGCACUUCUCGCCUGCCUCACUUGACCUGAAAUUUGUAACCCCAAAAGUAAUAAAGCUGCUUGAAAUCUUGCGCAAAUAUAAACCAUAUGAACGGCAGCAGUUUGAAAGUGUUGAGUGGUAUAACAAUAGGAAUCAGGAUAAUUACGUGUCUUGGAGUGAUUCUGAAGAUGAUGAUGAGGAUGAAGAAAUUGAGGAGAAAGAGAAGCCAGAGACUAAUUUCCCAUCUCCCUUUACUAAUAUUUUAUGUGGAAUUAUCUUUGUGGAGAGAAGAUACACGGCAGUUGUUCUAAAUAGGUUGAUAAAAGAAGCUGGCAAGCAAGAUCCAGAACUGGCUUACAUCAGUAGCAAUUUUAUAACUGGACAUGGCAUUGGCAAGAACCAGCCUCGGAACAAGCAGAUGGAAGUAGAAUUCAGAAAACAGGAAGAGGUUCUUAGAAAAUUUCGAGCACAUGAGACCAAUCUACUUAUUGCUACUAGUAUUGUAGAAGAGGGUGUUGACAUACCAAAAUGCAACUUGGUGGUGCGUUUUGAUCUGCCCACAGAAUACCGUUCCUACGUGCAGUCCAAAGGCAGAGCUCGAGCACCCAUCUCCAAUUACAUCAUGUUAGCAGAUACAGACAAAAUCAAAAGCUUUGAAGAAGAUCUGAAGACAUACAAAGCAAUCGAGAAGAUCCUUCGAAACAAAUGCUCAAAAUCUGUUGAUGCCAAUGAAACCGAAACUGAACCCAUUGUUGACGACGAUGAUGUGUUUCCACCCUAUGUGUUGAGGCCAGAUGAGAACAGUCCGAGAGUUACUAUUAACACUGCUAUUGGACAUAUUAAUAGGUACUGCGCUAGAUUACCAAGUGAUCCGUUCACGCACCUAGCUCCCAAGUGUAAAACCCGAGAACUACCUGAUCAUACAUUUUACUCUACUCUCUACCUGCCAAUCAACUCGCCUCUUCGAGCAUCGAUUAUUGGUCCUCCAAUGAGUUGUGCAAGACUGGCUGAGAGAGUUGUAGCUCUUAUUUGCUGUGAAAAACUGCACAAAAUUGGUGAACUGGAUGAUCAUUUGAUGCCAGUUGGUAAAGAAACGGUUAAAUAUGAGGAGGAGCUGGAUUUACACGAUGAGGAAGAAACCAGUGUUCCAGGAAGGCCAGGCUCUACAAAACGAAGACAGUGCUAUCCUAAAGCUAUUCCAGAAUGUUUGAGGGAUAGUUACCCCAAACCUGACCAGCCCUGUUACUUGUAUGUAAUAGGGAUGGUGUUAACGACUCCUCUACCUGAUGAGCUCAACUUCAGGAGACGAAAGCUAUAUCCUCCUGAGGAUACAACAAGAUGUUUUGGCAUAUUGACAGCCAAACCUAUACCUCAGAUUCCUCACUUUCCUGUGUAUACUCGUUCUGGAGAGGUUACAAUAUCUAUUGAACUUAAGAAAUCUGGUUUUACUCUGUCUCUGCAAAUGCUUGAGCUGAUAACGCGACUCCACCAGUACAUUUUUUCACAUAUUCUUCGUCUCGAGAAACCUGCACUAGAGUUCAAACCCACAGAAGCUGAUUCAGCCUAUUGUGUUCUACCUCUUAAUGUUGUUGAUGACUCCAGCACUUUGGACAUUGACUUUAAGUUUAUGGAAGACAUAGAGAAAUCUGAGGCGCGUACAGGCAUUCCCAGUACACAAUAUACAAAAGAAAUGCCUUUUAUUUUCAAGUUAGAAGAUUACCAGGAUGCGGUUAUCAUUCCACGGUAUCGAAAUUUUGAUCAGCCACAUCGAUUCUAUGUAGCUGAUGUAUACACUGAUCUUACUCCACUCAGUAAAUUCCCUUCCCCUGAAUAUGAAACUUUUGCUGAAUAUUAUAAAACAAAAUAUAAUCUUGACCUGACCAAUCUCAACCAGCCGCUGCUGGAUGUGGACCACACAUCUUCAAGACUUAAUCUUUUGACUCCUCGCCAUUUGAAUCAGAAGGGGAAAGCACUUCCACUGAGCAGUGCUGAGAAGAGGAAAGCAAAGUGGGAAAGUUUGCAGAAUAAGCAGAUACUGGUUCCAGAGCUCUGUGCGAUACAUCCUAUUCCAGCAUCACUGUGGAGAAAAGCAGUUUGCCUCCCCAGCAUACUUUAUCGCCUGCACUGCCUUUUGACAGCAGAGGAACUAAGAGCUCAGACAGCCACUGAUGCUGGUGUAGGGGUUAAAUCACUUCCUGCAGAUUUCAGAUAUCCUAACUUGGACUUCGGAUGGAAAAAGUCUAUUGACAGCAAAUCCUUCAUCUCUAUUCCUAACUCCUCUUUAGUAGAGAAUGAAAAUUACUGUAAGCACAGCACAAUUGUAGUCCCUGAAAAUGCUGCACAUCAAGGUGCUAACAGAACCUCUUCUGCAGAAAACCAUGACCAAAUGUCUGUGAGUUACAGAACAUUGCUCAAUGAGUCACCCAGUAAACUCCAAAUUGAUGUCUCGGCAGAACUUGCAGCAAUUAAUGGUGUUUCUUACAAUAAAAACCUUGCCAAUGGCAAUUGUGAUUUAGUUAACAGAGACUUUUGCCAAGGAAAUCAGCUGAAUUACUGCAGGCAGGAAAUACCUGUACAACCAACUACCUCAUAUCCCAUUCAGAAUUUACACAGCAGUGAGAACCAGCCCAAGCCCAGCAAUGAAUGUACUCUACUGAGUAAUAAAUACCUUGAUGGAAAUGCUAACAGAUCUACCUCAGAUGGAUGCCCCAAAAUGGCAGUGACCACCAGUACUUCAAAAGCUAUUAAUAUUUCAAAAGACAGAGCAGAUACUGAAAAGAACCCUUCCAGUGGGUACUCCUCAAAAACUCUCGGUCCUAACCCUGGUCUCAUUCUUCAAGCUUUGACUCUUUCAAAUGCUAGCGAUGGAUUUAAUCUGGAGCGGCUAGAAAUGCUUGGUGAUUCGUUUUUAAAGCAUGCCAUCACUACAUACUUGUUUUGCACUUACCCUGAUGCUCAUGAGGGACGGCUGUCAUAUAUGAGAAGCAAAAAAGUAAGUA